UAUAUGGUUAUUUAUCAACAGCAGCAUGCCUUUACUAUAUUUAGAGUGGAUAAAUUAGAAGAAAUAAAGAGGCUUUCAUAAAAUGUAAUGUUUUCUAUUGGCAUUAACAUUUCUUACUAAUAUUAUGUUGCAGACUGACUGGGAGGGGGGUUUUUUCCCACUUACCCUUCACUUCAGUGAAGACUACCCUAGCAAGCCUCCAAAGUGUAAAUUCCCACCAGGUUUCUUCCACCCAAAUGUAUACCCAUCUGGAACUGUUUGUCUAUCAAUUCUUAAUGAGGACAGUGGUUGGAGACCAGCAAUAACCGUGAAGCAAAUUCUUGUGGGCAUUCAGGAUUUACUGGAUCAGCCAAAUCCUGCUGAUCCUGCACAGACAGAAGGGUAUCACCUCUUCAUUCAGGAUGCCACUGAGUACAAGAAAAGGGUUCGGCAGCAGGCCAAGCAAUACCCACCUCUAGUUUAACGCAAAGCUGGCUUUCUAGUCCAAGAAAAUGCUGGUACUCUGGUAACCAUCGGUUGUUGCCUUUUGUUUAGUGUUAAAACUGCUCAUGUAAGAGAUUGUUGUUUGCAAGUUUUAGUUGACAUCCUGUGUAGAACUACUUGCUGGAAUUAUUUUUCCUCUUAUCAUUUGGAUUAACUUAUGCUAGUGAAUGACACUAGCGAGUGAUCCAGUCA